CCCCCCCCCCGACCCCCUCCCCACUUUGUUCGGUCUUAUUAUGUCAAGCCAACGAUAACGCGCGCGUUAUUCUCAUCCUUCUCCCACCCGCAGGUGCCACUGGAUGUAUGUUAGGACCCUUGGUGGGAAAUAAACACUCGGAGCCGUCGUUGAUUUCUGGACACGGACGUUUGGGAUCUGAAUCCGAUUGGACCACGAGCAGUCCACCCUCCUGCCUCUCGGUCCUCGCCACCCUCCGAUUAAACAAGCUCUACACAAGCAAGAAAACAAGCAAGGACGCCACACCACAGGACAUGCAGAAGAGAGGUCAGUGAGGAGAAUGACAGCAGAUGAAUAAAGGACAGCGAAGGAGGGAUGAGAAAGAGACUGAAGUGAGAGGAGGAAGAGGAACCCUAAAGUGCCUACUGCGAGGGCUUGUCUGCUGCUCUCUGACUUUGCCGGAUGAGAACUGGACGGGGCUCAGUGUAGUGCGUGUUUGGCCUUGAAUUGAGGCUAUAUUUUAUCCUGACAGCCACACAGUCAUCCAUCCUAUGUUGCUGGGCUGCAGUCCCAACAUACCGUGAGCAGAGCCACCACCUCGUCUCAUCAGUGCAAGGAAACCAUCCCUAAAACGUUCUACUUUUUUGUUCUACGGACAUCUUCCUUUUUUCGUGCUAUUCAAACAACUAGCUCUACAGAGACCGCCACAGCCUUGGCCAUGUUGACGUGAAUGUAACAGUGACUUACAGUGGGUGUCCUUUGAUUCAGGUGAAGGCGCAGAUGCUCAGUGACAUAUCCAAGCAUUCCAGAAUGAUGUCCUCAGAGUAGUUGCUGUUUUUCUUUUUUCUUUUUUUCGAGACAGAGCUGGCCUCUGCUCACGGCCAAGGCCCCCUAUCUCUCCCCGGUGAAACCUCAGCUGCCACAUUUCCCAGGAAGAACUAAUAAACAUCCCCCAAAAUACAUUGACCAUAAGGACUUGCUGCCCAUUUUUCACUGAGGAAAAAACUGAGAAUAUUUUUGCUUCUGUUUCCUGUCUGUUUUGCUCGGGAUUAUUUUUUUUGCAUCACUAUUAGUCACCCUUGCACUCGUCCGUCAGACAUUUUUCCAUCCAUCUGCUCCUGCCACCGUUCAGUGUUUGUGAGCGUCUCUGAUGGCUGUCAGCAUGACAAUGGGAAGGGACACCAAAUGGCUCACCCUGGAAGUGUGUCGUGAGUUUCAGAGAGGUACAUGCUCGAGGUCUGAUGCCGAGUGCAAGUUUGCCCACCCCUCCCGGAGCUGCCAUGUGGAGAAUGGCCGAGUCAUCGCCUGCUUUGACUCACUGAAGGGGCGCUGCACACGUGAGAACUGUAAAUACCUUCACCCACCUCCACACCUGAAAACCCAGCUGGAGAUUAACGGGAGGAACAACCUGAUCCAGCAGAAGGCUGCGGCAGCCAUGUUGGCUCAACAGAUGCAGUUCAUGCUGCCUGGAACACAGCUACAGCCCAUAACGACAUUCUCAAUGACGCCCUCCCUGGCAACGAGUCCCAGUAUGGCGUUCAGUCCAUAUUUGAGCCACAUGGGCCCAGGCAUGGGCCUGAUGCCUGAACUGCUGCCCAGUGCUCCCCUUCUGGUCCCAGGGAGUCCCACCGGCUUGGCAGCCAUGGGCAACGGCACCUCUGCACAAAAACAUGUGCGCACAGACAAGCUGGAGGUUUGUCGGGAAUUUCAGCGCGGUAACUGUACACGGGGUGAGAGCGACUGCCGCUACGCUCACCCCCUGGAGGCCGGCAUGGUGGACUGCAGCGAGAACUCGGUCAUCGUUUGCAUGGACUACAUCAAGGGCCGCUGCAGCCGAGACAAGUGCAAGUAUUUCCAUCCGCCUGCUCACCUGCAAGCAAGGAUCAAGGCUGCACAGCACCAAGCCAGUCAGAACGCAAUCGCCAACACAGGAUUGGCUCUGCCACCUGGGGUCAUGCAGCCGCUACCGAAGAGGCAGAUCUUAGAGAAAAGUAACGGAGCUGCUUCCGCCGUCUUCAACCACAACAUGUUCCACUACCAGCAAGCCCUGGCUAACAUGCAGCUCCAACCAGCCUUUAUCCCCACUGGAUUUAUGAAAACCACGGCCCCGCUGGCAGCGGAGGGCUGCUGGGAAAGGAGAGAGUGGAGCAGCUGCAGGCAAAACCCCAACCGCUUCCUGUCAGUACCUGGACUGAGUGGUGAGGGGACUCCCUUUGCCAUGAUGCACGGUGCCACCACCUCCUCUGUUUCGUCGGCCUCGACCCCAGUCACCAAUGUUCCUUUCGCUGAAUCUGCCGCCUCGAAUCAGCAGAGCCCUCAGAGCUUCUGACUUCUGAUCCAGUAGAGCUGCAGUGUGUUCCCAUGGAAACCCAUUUCUGUCCCAUCCCCAAAAUGCUGGUAGCGGCUCCAGUGGCACUAAACUCAGUAAGCCUUUCCCGAAACACCAGUUAAAAGUCCCUGACACAUGCGCAGUACCGGGGCGGCCAUCUUUCUGAAUGCAGCAAACAUGUGCCUCACCUACACUGCACACUGACUGAGUGGCAAUGUGAAUCUCUGAAAAUAUUGUGAAAAAGUAGGAAAGCUGCGGUGGUUCACGCAAUACAAGCCCGAACGUACUACUGUUGCUUUAAAGCAGCCAUCCUGAUGCAUACUGACUUGACCAGGCCGAGCUAUAGAGCUCCCUCGUUCUUACAGCCAUACAUGCCCACACCUUAAAAGUUCAGCAGACGUAUGCACACAAACACACACACGCAUAAACAUUUAUGACUUUAUAAUAUCCUUAAUGGGUUGGAGCCAUCACACGUGGCAACCCAACACAUUUGACUGUUCCAAAGUCUGAAACACUGAAAGGUGAAUUCUGGAAAUUCAGACCAUAUAAGCGUCAUCUGUGGACCUGCCACAUGUCGAAAACCAUUACAUUUUUUCGAAGAGAAGGAAUGUUUCAUGUCACGUCAUGUUUACAUCUCAAGAUGGCUACUAAUGUAACUUUUGUGUUGUACUAGGUUCAGUUUGUUCUCCUCUUGCCUGAUGGAACGUCAGUGAGUUGUGGUUGAUUUGUUUGUGCCUUUUGUUUAUCAGCUCAGCUGCAGAGGAGACUCGGUUUCCACAAAUAGUUCAAACAACUUAACAGCAUACAUUGAAAAGGUGUUGUUAUUUGCAAUUAAUGGCAAUAUCUGUUGUUACAAAAAGACUUUGUAUUAUCCCACAGUUCCUCUCGUAAGAAAAUACAGUAAUUACAUUGAUCACCACUUUAGAUUGUUUCAUAAAUGUUAAGUAUGAUUUAUAUACGUUUCUGUCCUCUGGCUUCAUAGUCAAUAUCUGGUACUUACUGGAUAAUGGCAGCAAAUGAGACAUUACUUUUCUCAUUACUUCCUUUUAAUGAAACACAAACUAUAAAUUGACAGAGUUCCAUCAAAUUAGGAUACAAUCUCUUCUGUGCUAAAGGAGCUGAGUUAAGGGAUUUUUCAGAAUGUGGCCCUUAAUUUCUAGACGUAAGACACAAACUGCCUUAAAGCAGGUGAGGUGAUGUUCGCUGUGUGAAUCCUUACUCGGUAUAACUCGACCAGUUACAGAUCAGACACCUCGAAUCACCAAAACUGUUGAAUUUCAGUGAAGUAUUUCGACUUGUGAUGUCUGAUCUGUGAUUGAUUUUAGCCCGUAAUUAUCCAAUGACUGAAAAGAAAGUUCUGUUUGUCCCGUUUUCACAAUGAUUUGACGUCCACACGUGGUGUGAUAAAAUGACAAUCUACAGGCGCAGUCAUUUUCUCCUCCUAUUGAAACAAUGAGCCUUGGAUUCAAACCUCAAACCCAGAAUUCCUGUGUCCAACUUCCCUGAAUUCAAAACAAAAUGAAGUUUAUGGGUGUCAGAUCUAAGAUUGUAGACGUUUUAAUUGGUACUUCUUAAACUUUUAAACCUGAUGUCAGAGAAGGAAGCUGGAUGUGUUUCCUGAUGUGCCUAGUCUGUGUGCCAAGUGGUGGUAUAUGCAAGGAGCUGCCCCUAUUCAAUGCAAUACCUGAAUAACUCCUAAUAAACAUCUCCCCCUUCAAUGCAGAUAUGUAUUUGAAACAGGCAGUUGGUUUGUGUAAUUGUCUCCUUUCAUGUGGCUUUGGAAUUCAAUGAGUGGCACAAGACGUUUAUGUUUUAUGGCUCUUCAGGGAGAAAGCUUAGAACUUGAAAAUAUCCUGUCUGACUUAAAAUUGUGUCGUCUUUUCUACUGAUAUGUCCUGUUUGUCUAUAGUUGUCAGACUCACAUUAUUAUCACAGCGACAGUUGUUAUAACCAGGACUGAGUUAUGGCGAAGCUAAUAGAUGGAAAAUAAAUCACCAGUUUGAUGUCUGAUGAUUAAAAAAAUGUCUGAUUUAUGGUUUUCAAAUGUCUGUAAGGAAUUGUUCUGAAGGCAUGUACAAUUGAACGUAACGGCUUUGGGAACUGGGCUGAAAUUACAUUUAUCCAAAUUCAAAUGUGCCUCUUUCAAGUCUCCUCAAACCACUGCUGUCAAUACACUUUAAGAACAGACCAGUGCUCAAAGAUAGAUGUAAUAUUUGGUUCCUUAUUAUAACAGUAAGUCAUAUCUGUACUAGUUUCUUCUCUGAGACAGCUGUGCUGUCUUGUUGUUAAAGUAAAGUCAAUAUAUCAGUGUUGUAUCCAUAGUAAAGUGUGUUGAAAGAGACAAUGAAUAACAUAUUUGGUUUGUUGUAAAUGCUGCAGAUAUUACAUUUCCCACUGAACAUUAUUCAUUUUAGAUAAUGUCAUUGUGUCGUGAAUGUAUCUAAUGCAAAAACUCUAUACAUGCUCCUCUAAAAGACUGGCAUGUUGAAAUGUAACGUUCACUAUAUAUAGGCUAUUUCUUAUGUCACAAAGGUACCAUGCUGAUACUAUGUGUUAAGACAUAUUAAAGUAUGUGUAUUGUUCUAUAGAUUUAUAUUUAAUGUCAGUGGGUGGUGUGACUACUUUUAGAAAUAUCUUUCACUCUCAGAAAUGGUAGAGCUGAAUUAGACUUUUUGAAGUACAAAUGGACACCAUACAGGUACAUUACAGGACCAUUUAAGUCUUGCUUAUCAGUUUCUGUACCCCAAACUUUGAAUAUACCCAAAGCAGUCGUUGUGAGUUCAUACUACAUGACUGACUAGCAAGAGGGGGGUCACACACUACGCAAUCUUUCACCAGGAAAAACCCCCCAACAAUGCCGUAGUCCUGUGCUCUGAUUGGCUGUAAUUAUCGCAGAUUCAUCUAGAUAUUUAGCCUGCUGGAAAUCUAGUUGGAGGCUGCAACGUAUAGGCUAACUCACACAUACCAAUGUGCUCAUGCCGGUCGUUGCUGAUUUGGCUCCGAUCUGGGGCUUUUGUCGGCGAGUGGUAAAUCGGGCUAAAAAUCAUGUAGUUGAGCGCUAAGCAUUUCAUGAACAGCACGCCUGCUGUCUUUCUUCGUUCGAUGAGGAAACCAAUACUGCUUUCAUGUUUGUGUUUUAAGUAUAGCCGAUUAGCUUAGCACAAGAACUGGAGGCAGGGGAGCACCUGAUAGCGUUUCUAAACAACAGCCAGGCACAGUGAGAUUCUGAAAUCUUGUCGCAGUGACGUUGCCAGGCAACCGCCACAACAGCCAGUGCAUCACGCUAUGCCGAACCACAAGUGUCACAGAAAUAGUAAUAGAGCAUUUCAUUAAUUGAUGACAUAUUGUACAAUAAAAUUGUCCAAUUUUUAAAAAAAAAUGCAUGUUCAUACAACUUUUAAAAUUCCUUUAUUUAAAUUUGAAUUUAAUAAUGUAUUUUUAAAUGAUGUCCUUAUUGACUGUUUUAUGUUUUGUUGUAAUCUUUCAUUUGUAAAGUAUUUUGAAAAUUCCACUUGUAUUGCUCCAUAAUUUAGUCAGUUUUUUUUAUAGAUUAAUAGAUUUAAUUGUAAACAAAUUUACAAAUGCAUAUUUUAUUGUACAAUUAGUUAUUAAUUGUUGAUAUGCUUUAUUUCUGUGACACUUGUGGUCCUGCAUAUAAAACAGUAUGUAGCCUGUUAUUGUACACAGGCACAAGCACUGUACUAUUUGUCACAGACAUAUAUUGUACCUUUGAAUGUGUUUUACAUUUUCUAAACUCUUGGAAGAAUCUGAAUGGAAAACUUCCUCCCCUGUUCAACGAAAUUGAUGAUCAUAAUGUCCAGCUUUUCUCUAAAUCUAUUGUCUUUGUAAGACAAGGCAUCCCGUCUAGCCUUCAUCUCUUCCCCCCUCACAUCAUUUUGACUUCAGUAAGUUCUGUCCACCUGGCAAAAAUACAGAAUACUUAAUAAAUAUUAAUAAAAAGUGCUCCACGAGGACUUUCAAAUGGUUAAGUACAUGUAGAUGUAUGUAUUGAUGCACAAGAGUGUGUUAGUUAGGGGAUCUGCAGUGUGGCAUGAGAAAAAAUACUUUUUUAUUUUAUUUUAUUUUAUUUGCUUAUCUGCUAAAUGCUCUGGUCACUGUCCAAUGACCAGAGCAUUUUCAUUGUGGACAAUUAAGUCAGCAUAUUUUUUUUCCUGGGGCACAAACAAAGGGCCUUAUUUCUUGGUCACUGUAUAAAGGUAUGAUAGCUGUGUAUCAAAAUGACAAUGUAUUAAUGGUAGGUUACAUUUUUUUUUAUCUAACUUUUAAAAAAACACAGCAUGAAAAUAAAAAGUCAUCUAUCCAUAAUUAAUAGUUUGUGUAGACCAACAAGAUAAAAAAACAUAUAAUAUAAAAAUCAUUUGUAUACAAUGAUGGAGUCAUUGUAAAUGGUAAUAGUUGUUGUUGCUAUGGCAACAAAUGACAACAUGGCUACCUUUCUAUUAUCCUAAUUGUGAUUUUUUUUUCACAUUAAUUGAAAUAACAUACAACACUAACUUAUUCAAGAAGGGAAUGUCUAACUAGUUUGUCUUGUUAUUGCGACGUGAUUAAAUAUUUUGUAUGGAAAACUUAAAUCCUCGUAAUAUCCAAAGGUCCUUAGGGGAGAUCAGGUGUUUAUUUUGCUGUGUUAAUUUGACCUUAAUUGUUUUUCUUUUUUUGUUGUUGUUGUUCUUGUACAUGGUGUUUUUGAAAAAUAAGAAUGGACUUUGGCUUUUAAGCAAACACCGUUCUGUCAGGGAGGUAACGAGGCUUUUGGACUAAGAGAAAGAUCAAACUAGUAAAGGUUCACUUCAUGCUUGCAGACCAGACGACUCUGCCUCAGCUGUCUCCGUAUGGAGGUUGGAGUUUUUAUUAGUGAAUUCUAUUUCAGUUGGGAACAUGGUCCAGAAGUCUCUUCCUGCCCAGCUGUGCUGGGGGAUGACGAUCCUUACUGAGGUGUAUAUGAAUGUGUGAUGUUCACCUUGUUUGCACUUAUGUACAUAACUAUGUCAAAAUACUCCAAAUUUAUUUUGAAUAAAUAUAGAGAAAAUAGUUGAUUAAAAAAAAUCUAAUCAGUGUAUUGUUAAUGAUAUGUUUAUCAUUUUAUUAAGGUAUAAGAAGAUUACUUCUGAGGGAUCUGCCCUUUGUUUGUUUGUUUGCCAGAGCCCUGUGGUUCCCCAAGCAUGACAUUGCCAAGCUGUAAACCAUGAAUGGGUUGCGGUUUCAAAAAGCUUUUGCAGUUCAUUACCGGGGCAUUUCAGUAAUAUCCAAACCUGACAUCCAACAAUAGAAAUGGAUUAAAAGAAAUAGUCCUUCUGGAAUAAAUAUAAUAAAUUAAUUCUAAUCUUGUCAUUAUAUCCUCUCUGGUAAAUCACCAAAAUAUAGCACAGGGUAGGUCCACCUGAAAGCUGCAAAACAGCCAGGAAAAGUAGAUAUAAAAAUCAGACUUAGGUGAGAUGUGAAUAUGAGAUGUCUUCACAGAGUUUUUUAAUUCGAUUUAACUUCUGUGGUUUUGUGAUAUGGGUUAUUGUGUGCUCCCUUGUUGUUAUUAUUGAAAAUAAUAAAUCCGAAUUCUCUCGUGGAUUUAAGUCAAAACUGCAAACAACCAGGUUUUUCAAUGUUAUUCUCGUAGCAGCAGCAGCUUCAACAUCCUUGUGUAACUCUGUUCCUGCCGAUUUGGACAUUUGAUGCUCUUAUAUUGCUCUCAAAAGCCAGCGAUUUUGUUACCAUGGCACUUGUCCUAGCGGUGGAUUGACUGAGUCAUCCUGGUGAAUCGGUUCACAGGCCUCGGGACUGUUUUUGAAUAUUGACUGUAAAGUGUCUGUUCACAUGACUUGUACCCAAAAGCUCACCAAAGGUUCUCUACUGUGACUAACCAGCACCCGUCAUCGCUGCAGUGCUGACGUGCAGUAUGGGGGAAAAGUACAUGUGGAGUGGUCUUAACAUACUGUGGGUGUCCAGUCACCAAUAAGGGAGUACAAUUUUUUUUUUAUGUAUUUAUUGUAAUUUCAAAAAGGUUCAGCUAUAAUUGUGAAUUCAUCGUGCAAAAUGUAGAUUUCCUAUUUGAGUUUACUUAAAACAUCUCAUGUGUUGAGUGUGUGUCAUCCUUUAUUUAGAAUCCUCUGUUGGUGAGUCGUUAUCAUGUUGGGUACAGUCACAGACUGAAUGGCAGCCCCCUGAGAGGUGACGAGGGGCCAAAGACUGUUCAGGACUAAGCCAUAUGAAAAACUCUCUCUGACACUCUAGGACAAACUUUUAAGUGCCGGCUGUUUCUGAGUCACCUAUUGCUUCAACACUCUUUUUUUUCCUUUCUAUUUGCUUGUGGUGCUUGUAUGUGCUGCUAUGCUACAUGCCAAUUCAUUUUGCUGUGUAUCGCUAUAAAGAGUAAGUUACUGUGCCUAUGAUGAGUUCUGCGAUAUCUGUUUGACCUUUAAUAAAAACAUAAUUGUGA